AUGGGUUCUAAUUUGAUUGUUUAAAGCCUCGGCUCUAUAUAAACUUUUCGCCUUUUCUAUUCUACCAAAUCAUCCGUUGGGUUCUAUACGUUCAUCCUUGGAUUCCCCCCCUCCGUACGCUCCACAGCUCAUUUCUUCCCUUCUCCAGACCAGUUUUGUCUUUUGUUUUUUGUUUCUCUCUCUGUGGUUAUCUGUUCAUCAUGUCACUCUCCACCAAAAAUCACACUUUUCUUCAAUCCUAAGCUUCCCAAACUCUCCUGCAGCUGCCCUCCUCUCUAUUUUGGAUGCUUUUCUCUAUCACCAACCUCGUCACAAUGGAUGAAUGGAUGUAGAUGACCUGUUCACCCCAAAUGGAGGACUGUGCAGAGGCUUUUGCAAGGGCCACUGCGGGUUCCUGAUACAGUCAUGGUCGCCUUAUCUGUAUUGCCACUUCUGGUGGCAAUGUCAACAUUAACCAGUUUCUGUCGCAGUGAAACCACCCAAUUUGACUUGGCCUCUCUUACUCUCUCCAGUCUCAAGCUCUUAGGGGACUCCCAUUUCAAGAAUGGCACGAUCGGCCUGAGCCGUGAGCUUUCUGUCCCCAAUUCGAGCGCAGGCCGUGCUCUCUAUGUCAAACCGGUGCGUCUCAUGGAUGAGAGUGGCCAAAUUCCGGCCUCGUUCUCCACAUUCUUUACUUUCUCUGUCACCAAUGUCAACCCUGCUUCCAUAGGUGCAGGCCUCACCUUUCUCCUCGUGCCUGAUGACCAAACCAUUGGAGAUUCAGGCCCUUACCUAGGCCUCCUCAAUGUAACUGCUCCUUCUUCCUCUGUAGUCGCCAUAGAAUUCGACACUCUCAUGGAUGUCCAGUUCAUGGAUAUCAAUGGCAACCAUGUGGGUCUUGAUCUCAACAGCAUGGCCUCCUUCAAGGUCUCAGACCUGGGGGACAUCAACCUAGAUCUGAAGAGUGGGAACCUCAUCAAUGCCUGGAUCGAUUACAAUGGCGAGAGCAGAGUGAUGACCAUUAGCGUCUCUUACUCGAACCAGAGGCCCUUAACUCCCCUGAUGUAUGUUGAGGUUGACCUAGCGCCCUACCUCCAUGAGUUCAUGUAUGUGGGGUUCUCUGCCUCCACACAGGGCAGCACAGAGGUCCACACCAUCGCGUGGUGGACCUUCUCUGCAUCCACAUCUCCAUCUCCAUCUCCGCCUCAGCAAAUGCAGCAGCAGCAACAACCCCCUUCUUCAGCUCCGGUUCCUUCUGGUUUAGUCACAGUUGGAACCACCCCUUCACCGCCAUCACCAAGGACCUCAUCAUCUUGUCACAACCAGCUCUGCAACCGUAAGCCAGCUGCAGUUGCAGGUGUUGUAACAGCGGGGGCAUUCUUUCUGGCGUUCGUGACGGGUCUCCUCAUAUGGGGUGUCCGCUUGCGGAAGAGGCCCCCUAAACUUCUCCAAGACGAGGGGUCCAACGAUUCGGACAUGGACAUUGUGGUUGAGGCUCCAAAGAAAUUUUCAUAUGCAGAGCUGAGGGCCGCGACCAAUGCAUUCGACCCCACCAGGGUCAUAGGCCACGGUGCGUUCGGCACAGUGUACAGGGGUGUGCUCCCCAGUAUUGGUGUGGCGGUGGCCGUGAAGCGGUGCAGCCACGAGGGCAGUCAAGGGAAAGCCGAGUUUUUGUCGGAGCUGUCAAUUGUUGGGUCACUGAGGCACCGGAACCUAGUGAGACUCCAAGGGUGGUGCAGUGAGGGCGGAGAGAUCCUCCUUGUGUAUGAUUACAUGCCCAAUGGCAGUCUCGACAAGGCCCUCUUCAACCCUCACCAUUACCAUUUGAACUCCUCCGCUUCUCUGCCAUGGGCCCACCGGCGCAAAAUCCUGGUCGGUGUGGCGUCAGCCCUGUCCUACCUGCACGAGGAGUGCGAGAACCAGGUGAUCCACAGGGACGUUAAGGCGAGCAACAUAAUGCUGGAUGAAGGGUUCAACGCAAAGCUCGGGGACUUCGGUUUGGCAAGGCAGACACAGCAUGACAAGACCCCAAACCCUACUGUUACUGCAGGAACAAUGGGUUACCUGGCGCCCGAGUACUUGCUCUCCGGUUGUGCCACUGAUAAGAGUGAUGUGUUCAGUUACGGGGCUGUGGUUCUAGAGGUUGCCUGUGGUCGGAGACCCAUCGACAAAGAGGGUGGGAUUGGUAAUUUGGUGGAGUGGGUUUGGGGGCUGCACGGGCAAGGGCGGAUAGUGGAGGCGGCCGACCCGAAAUUGAGAGUAGAGUUCGAGGAAGAGGAGAUGAGGAGAGUUUUGAUGGUGGGCUUGGCGUGUUCGCACCCAGAUCCCAUUGGCAGGCCUGCCAUGAGGAGUGUGGUGCAGAUACUGAAUGGGGAAGCGCCGCUGCCACCAUUGCCGACCACAAGGCCAACUAUGAGCUUUACCAACGAGCUGCUCAUGAAUUUACAGGACAGUGUUUCAGAUUGUGACUUCAAUGGCAGGAUCAACCAUUCUGAUGAGUCAUCUUCUGUGGGGUCUUUCUCAUCGAUGAUACCUCCUCCACCCCUUCCAACAUAAUAAGCAGCAUCUGGGAUUUCUUUCUUUCUUUGAUUCUUAAACUGCCAUGGUUUGGGUGUUGGAGCUUCAAUGGGGAAAGAAUGAGGGGAAGGACGUGCAGGCUCAAUUCAUUCUUCUUUCCUUGAAGCAAAGAAGAGAGCCUUUCAUUGUUUGGGGGCUUUUGGUGAUGGUGAAUUAACUGACCCCAUGGAUGUUUUUCUAAUUAAUCAUUAAUGAAUAUAUUCUUUCUUUUACAUAUAUACACUUAAUUUAAAAAAGGGAGCAUCCAGCAUCAAUCACUCUCUCUUUACUCCACCAAAAACCUGUUUGCUUCAUCGACCCAUCCCAAGCUCCCAACAAAUGAAGCAGCAGCAGCAGGCCUUUUGCAAAUAAAAAAGUAAAAGGCGUCCUCUCCCUCUGCUUUUCACAUCUUAAUUGGUCCAUUCAGGAAAAUUAUUGAUUGAUUUCAAGGAUAGGGUGGUGGUGUAUGUAACAAAUCAGGUAGGAGUGUGCUAUAUAUCUGUGUUUUUUUUUUUCUUAUUAAUAUUGUUUUGAACAUUGCUCUA